UAUACGGUACGGGUACAGCACGGGAUCUAGACUGCUCAUUCAAGCGUUUUGUGUGAUACAGAUCAUUGUUUACAAAAUGCAACGUGACACGCAAACAAUAUUUAUCUUUGAUGUUGAUGGAACUCUCACGGCUCCUCGGAAGAGAGUGGAGUCGGACAUGGAGCAGUUCCUGCAGAAGUUGAGGUCAAAGGUGAAGGUUGCUUUGGUUGGAGGAUCUGACCUUCAUAAAAUAGCUGAACAGAUGGGUGGAGAUGAUGUGAUAGAUAAGUUUGACUAUGUAUUUGCUGAGAAUGGCCUGGUUGCAUUUAAAGAUGGAAAACAGAUAGGACAAGAGAAUUUGCAAAAACAUAUGGGAGAUGAUAUAUUACAAAAAGUCAUCAAUUUUUGUCUACAUUACAUGUCGCAGUUAACACUUCCAGUUAAAAGGGGGACAUUUGUAGAAUUCCGCAGCAGUAUGUUAAAUAUUUGUCCAGUGGGGAGAAGUUGUAGUCAGGCUGAGAGAGAUGAGUUUUCAGCUUAUGACCAGGAACAUAAAAUACGCGAGAAGUUUAAAGCAGCCCUGGAGAAGGAGUUUGGUAAUGCUGGGCUUCAGUUUGCAAUAGGAGGACAAAUCAGUCUCGAUAUUUUUCCAGUAGGAUGGAAUAAAACAUUCUGUUUACAGUUUCUAGAGAAAGACAGCUUUGAAACAAUGCAUUUCUUUGGUGAUAAAACUGCAAAGGGAGGGAAUGAUCAUGAAAUCUUUGAAGAUGCACGAACAAUCGGACAUACAGUGACAAGCCCAGCUGAUACAAUAAAACAAGUCACAGAAACCCUUAACGGGCUUGGACUUUAACAAUAACUGAUCCUAGGAUUUUAUAUUGAAUUAUUGCAUCUUCACAUGACUGUGUACAUCUAUUUAUCUGGUCUUGAAUUCCUUCUGUCCAUCAUGUUCAAAUUCAAUGAAACUUCAAGUUGACCAUCAAAUUUUUCAUUAAAAAAUAGAGCUAUAAGUCUGUCUUGUCCCUAAAUGUUUUACUUCCAUUGUUGGUCUGCCUCAAAAUUUAUUUAAGGUCAAAACUCCUCCAAAGUGUUCGUCUGGUUGUUAUUAUCCCCCGCCGAUGAAAUCGUGAGGGGGGUAUUGAAAUGGCAUUGUCCGUCCGUCAGUACAUCCGUCCGUCCGCAGCCAUUUCUCAGUAACUACCUGGUAGAAUUUCAUGAAACUUAAAAAAAAACAUGAACUAAUAUACUGCGAUGAUGCCCGUCAAGUUUUUUUUGGAUUGGUCAAUUUCCCUAAGAGUUAUUGCCCUUGAUUUAAUGAAAAAUGUCCGUCCGCAGCCAUUUCUCAGUAACUAGCUGGUAGAAUGUCAUCAAACUUGAAACAGACAUGAACCAAGAUACUGCGAUGGUGCCCUUCAAGUUUUUUUUUCGAUUUGUCAAUUUCCCUUAGAGUUAUUGCCCUUGAUUAAAUGAAAAAUGCACAAAAAUGUCCGUCUCCAGCCAUUUCUGAGUAACUAGCAGGUAGAAUUUCAUCAAACUUGAAAUAAACAUGAGCCAACAUAGAGUUAUUGCCCUUGAUUUAAUGAAAAAUACACGUCUGCAGCCAUUUCUCAGUAACAAGUUUGUAGAAUUUCAUGAAACUUGAAAUAAAUGUGAACCAACAUACUUUGAUGAUGCUCGUCAUUUUCUUUUUUUAUUGGUCGAUUUUCCAUACAGUUAUUGCCCUUUGUUUAAAAAUCCACAGAUUUGUACAUAACAAACCAACCAAUUGGAAGAAUUUCAUUAAACUUCUUUCAUUCUUUUCCAUGAACAUUUAUUAUAAACAUGUGAAGUUGUGUACCCACACCUGGUUGCCACCUUGCCUUGGUCACACCCGCUCCCCCUCCCUCCCCAACCCACCCACCCCCCCACCCCCCAUUUUUUUUUUUAAUUUUUAAUUUUCCAUCAAUAUUUAUAAUCAACAUGUGAAGUUUUGUACCGGCACCCCUACCAAAAAAACCAUUCAUUUUCUGUUAAUUUGAUUUGACUAAUGAAAUUAUUUGCUUCUUUGUAACAUUCUUAACGUUUUGCUGGAUAUAUUUUUUUGCUGUUCCUCACCACAGUCCCUUUCGUCGGGGGAUACCAAUUCAUUGAAUUUGCUUGUUCUUUAUGAUUUAGAGGGCAUCUACUCAGUAUUGUUUGAAAGUACUAAGGUUGCAAUAGAUACACUAGAACUAAUGUUAUUGACACCGCUGAAGAGAAAAUAUCUCAAAAAGAGUUUGAUACUUUUUUUCUCCCCAAAUAGACAACCUGUAUAGAUUUUUAUAUUGUAUAUCAUUUAGACACCAGUGAUAAAUUUAUAUAAUUAUAUAGGUUAACUAGUAUUAACAACAUUUAUUUGCAAGUCAAUAUUUGCCAUCAUUGAGUAAAGAGGACUUUGUAUUUCAACUAGUUUUGUUGCAUGUGAAUGGAACCUGUCCUCAGUGAUAGCUGUUGUUGAAGCUAUGCAUUUCUACAAUAUACCAGGGGAGGUAAUUACAUCUUGCUCUUGUUGCAAAUUCUGUUUUUGUAAUCUGGUGUCAAAAGGGGAUAUUUGUAUAUACUCUGGGAAAUAAAAAGAAAACAUAUAAUGGAAUAUCUCUCAUGAGCUGUUGCCUGUGAUACAGUCUACAAUAUAUGCUGGAAUGUAAGUUAUUAAUUAUACAUUGUUACAAGGAUUGUAUGCGUUUAAAAAUAAUUUCUAUACUUGACAUAGUGUGGAUAUUAUGUAUGCUAUACAUUGUGUUAACAUUCUUUUAUACAUGUAACAACUAACUAAAGUAGGGUCCAAUUUGUUGCAGUUUAUUUAUAUAAAAUGGGAAUUGUAUAGUGUUUCUGGUUUUAUCAUAUCCAAGCAUCCUGAGCAUACAUUGAUAGUGAUAUACUAAAUGGAUGUAUUUUACAAGAUGAAAAUUUACUUGUGAAAAUUUUUUUUUAUCCCUAUUUAUGGGCCAUUUUCAUAUAAAAAAAAGGAAUUAAGAAUGAUAUAAGUUUAGGCCCUUUAUAAAGUAUUACUCACAAAUAUGUUUAGCGAUACAUUUUGUUGCUGGACAACACAGAGCCAAAAUAUCCUGUGUCAGUGCAUUUAAAGAAAACUGUGUGGAAUUAAACAUUUGUGCGAUGUUGCAACAUGAAAAAGCCUUCCUAUCCUUAUUUAAUUAUUACUCACCAGUCCAGUGAGGGAUUACUUAGCACCAGCAACUGCUUUUAGGCACGGCUGACAGGCUCCCAGCUUGUAAAGUUUGCACAAAAUAAGCAGGGUGGGAGCUAGUUUGACUUUUUACCAGGACCACGACUGAUUGGUAACUUUAAAUAUGGGAGUAAUUGUAUUACGACAGCCUACCCCACCUACAAGCUUUCGUAAGAAAGUACCAACAGUGAUACAAUGAAGUUCUUUGUGUACCAGUUUCAUUCACACAGUCUAAUGUUGGAUGUGCAUUAUGUGGGGUAGGGUCAUUGGUUAGGGCAUUGCAUUACCAUUUCUGGUGUGGUGAAAUUUUGUGGUUAAACAAGCACAGUUGAAUUUUUUAUAUUAAACUUUAUUAACGGUUA